UACAGAGCACAGACUGGAACAGUCUUCCCUACCUUAAGCGCAUGUCAGCACCACGCGAAGACAUCCUUCGCAACAGUGAUACCAUGGCAGAUGAAGCAUCCAGAGUUGUGCAGAUGGUGGUUACAGUGGUGAUCUUCGUGGUGGGCGUGACCAUGAAUGGCCUAGUGGUUUGGGUGUUGGGAUUACGGCGAAGGAAGCUGCGGGGAUCUGUGGGUUGUGAAACGCAAGGCGCAGGAAGCUUCAGGGUAUAUGUAGUGAAUCUAGCAGUGUCUGAUCUUGUACUGCUGCUGCGUACACCAUUAAUGUUAGGCUAUCUAGCAAAUCACAACAGCUGGCCCUUUGGAGAGCCUGUGUGCCAGCUGGUCAUGGUACUGCGCUGCCUUGGAUUGUACGCCGGAGCAUUUCUGCUGAGCGCCGUGGCAGUGGAGCGCUGUUUGUGCCUGCUACGGCCUGUCUGGGCCAGACUGCGGCGUCCCCGAUGGGUUGUGCCAGUAGUCUGCACUCUGCUGUGGAUCAUCGCCUCUGCCCUGUCUGUGCCCUACAUCCAGUCGUCUGGGAUCAAGGAAUUCAACAACCGUACGCAGUGCAUAGAAAACAAAGAUGGACAUACGUUGAUUGUCAUGGAGACGGUGGGGGGUUUCCUGCUCCCACUGGUGCUUUUCCUGUCCUGCAACCUAGCGGUAAUCCUUGCUGCGAGGCGUGCCGAGAAGAGGCCGACAGUAGUCACCACACCCCCCACCUCCCCCACCUCCCCCACCUCCCCAACUGGAUCCAAUUACACCUCACAGAAGAUGACUCGCCUAUACCAGGUUCUUUUCCUCACCAUGCUCAUUUUCCUGACCUGUUGGGUACCGUAUUUCACCUGCCGUUUUCUGAAGGCACUGUUCGAGGCAAAAGGUUGGCUAGACCUUAUGUACAGGGCAAUGAAGGGUACAUAUGUGGCAUUGUACCUGGUGUACAUUAAGAGCGCACUAAAUCCAAUCUUGUACGUAUUUGCUGCUCGGGGACUGCGACAUACUGUCCGUGCCUCGCUGCUCUCCACUAUUGAGCGAGUCUUUAAUGAGGAUAUGUCAGAGUCGCUACGCAGGAAGUCCCUGCGACGAAAAGACUCGCAGUUCUAGGAAAGCACAGACCAUGAAAUACCAAUCACUGAUCUCAAAGACACUACAUUUUUAUCAUUUAGCAAAUGUGUUUGUCCAGAGCAACUUACAGAAGUGCUAUAUGAAUUUCCUGGAAUAGUUAAUUAUGAGUGUGCAGUACAUAACUGCAUGUUCAGAUCUGAACUAACAGGAAUAAAGCAAAGCAAAAAACCUGAUUGAUGAUCCAAUUAUGUACUGUAUUAUGACCCACAUGCAGGGACAUAGAUGGACUGGCCACAGUGGAAGUUGGAUUGAAGCACCAGAAAAGCCCUCAUUCUUUUGCUUGUAGCUUCUGAGCACUUCAUUGGUGAAGUUGUGAUUCACAAACAAAUUAGUUUGAUUACACUUCGAAUUUCAUGUUAAUCAAUUCUCCUCCGUUGAGACCAGCUGCAGAGGACACACAAAUGGAAGGCCUCCACGUUAACGUGACUGGCCCACAACAUUUUUCAUCAACCAUGCUAGCUUCAUUGUAAAUAAUGACUGAUUCAAAAAGACAAUAGGUAAAAAGCCAUGUGUUCUUUGUAUUCUGAUGACAUGAUGUGAAAAAUUUAGACCUGCCUGAAUUUUUGACCCCUUGUAAUAAGGAGGUCUGGUGUCUAUGUUGCUGUGCAGUGCAUUCUCAUGUCUACCAGUCCUCAGUGUAGUUCAAGCAUUCAGGCUUUUCCUUUCAGUUGCUGUCCAUCUGUAGAUAACUUAUGACAAGAUUUUUUUUGCUGAAUUUAUGCAAGUAUUUGAACAUAUAUGGACAAGAAAUUAAAACCAUUUUCAGCUCAGCAUGUGUAUUUUCCAGUCGAUGUUUUACUUCAACUAAAAGGGCUUUAAUGAACAGUUUACAAAGUAUAUCCAACGUGCGUCCUGCUUCUUGCAUAAGGCCAUAAACCAAACAGGUAUGACUGGUAAAUUAUGUUUGAAGCCCAGUGAACAAAGAAUUACACAUGAAUGCAUGACACAUACCUGGCACCUGUGUGCUGAGUAUGGCCCAGGUUUAAUUUUAAAAAAUAAAUAACAUAGAUCAGC